GGAGGAAUCGAAAAGGCUGGUGCUACUCGACUACACUCCUCGUCCCUUGUGAAAACAUGCUUUGCGGACUCCGAUCGGUGGUGAGUCUGAUAAUAAAUUGGUGUGAUGAGAAGGAACUACAUUAGCCGCAGGAUUCUGCAGAGAUUCUGUAGUCAGGUUGUGAUCUCCUCCAUUGGAUCCAUUAAGAUUAAGCUGCUGCUAUGCUGCUGUAUUGCUUUUACUGUUGUGUUCAUUGCUGGUCGUGCCGUGACUUCUAUGGGAUGGAGACACCGCCACGAGUCUCUUCGACACUUCUCUACUCCUAGGAAUGGUUACACUAUCUUGAUUAAUACAUGGAAAAGAAAUGAUCUUCUGAAACAGUCUAUUUCCCACUAUGCAUCCUGUGUGGGGCUUGAUUCAAUACAUAUUGUAUGGAGUGAACCUGAUCCUCCAUCAGAGUCUCUUUAUGACUUUCUUUGGGAUACUAUUAAGUCAAACUCAGAUGGUAAAGACAUUGAACUGAGGUUUGACAUAAAUAAGGAAGAUAGUCUAAAUAACCGAUUCAAGGAAAUUAAGGAUUUGAAGACGGUGGCUAUAUUUUCAGUUGAUGAUGAUAUUAUAUUUCCAUGCACUUCAGUAGAGUUUGCUUUCAAUGCUUGGCAAAGUGCUCCUGAUACCAUGGUGGGAUUUGUACCCCGUAGUCAUUGGGUGGAUAAAUCGAAGAAGAAUAUUGACUACUACACUUAUGGGGGCUGGUGGUCUGUUUGGUGGAUGGGCACAUACAGUAUGGUGCUUUCAAAAGCUGCCUUUUUCCACAAGAAUUAUCUUUUCUCAUAUACAAACCAGAUGCCAGCAUCUAUUCGAGAAUAUGUAGCCAAGAACAGCAGGAAUUGUGAAGAUAUUGCAAUGUCUUUCCUUGUUGCAAAUACAACUGGUGCUCCCCCCAUAUGGGUGAAAGGUAAGAUAUCUGAGAUCGGCUCAACUGGAAUCAGUAGUUUGGGAGGUCAUAAAAGACAGAGAACCCAAUGCAUCAACAAGUUUGUUGGAGAAUAUGGGAACAUGCCAUUGGUAUCAACAUCUCUGAAGGCUGUGGAUAGCCGCAACAGCUGGUUUUGGUGAUGUUCGAUUUCUUAAAUGAGAAGAAGCUUUUUUUUUUAUUCUUUUUGGUCCUUUACACUAUUUAGUUUAGUUAUCUCCAUUCUUAUGUAUAGCAACUUGUAUCUAUAUCUUUGUUUUUUCACUCCGAAAUAUUAUUUUAUACUACUAGUUGGGUCAAAUAAUUUGUAAUUUUUUUUUGGUCCUUU